GCGAAAGCUUUGCAGGAUCCCUGGCAGCGCGCACUUCAAAGCCCCUUCGCGUCGAGGCCACGCCUGCUUCUCGUCGAUCGGUGGAUCGGUGCGCACUGGGCCGAUAUGGAAGAUGAGCUAAGCUCACGCGUGGCCACGGGCUACGGCGUGGAUUCCUCGCUGCUGGAUUUGCUGAAUGCACCCUCCUCUUGCAGCAUUGUCCGGGAUCCUGCACAUGCCUGCUGUCUCCAGGGCCACCGGGCUCUGGCGAGCCUUGGAAGCCGAGAGGACUGUGAAGACUUCUGCUGCGAGCAUAAGGAAUGCUGGGGAUGCGUUCAGAACCACAGCAGUUGGACUGCGCUCCCCUCCUGCUUCUCGCUCCGUGGUCUCUGCUCCAGCUCACAGAAGCUUCCCUCAAGUCCAUGGGGCUACUGGCUGGAGUUUGGCGUCUUUUUCGGCGCUACGCUGCGAAGCACCGCCAUCCACCUGAUGCGGACAGGCUUUGCACAUCAUCCGGUGUACGGCUUCGACUCCUUCCGGGGUCUCGAUGAGGACUGGGGCAGGUUCGACCGCUUCGAGUUCAGCACCUCUGGGAGAGUUCCAAAAUACCUCCCUCCGAAUGCAAAGCUGGUAGUCGGGUGGUACAACAAGACAUUGCCCGCCUUCAUCCGGAGCCACCUCCUCGGCGGCGGGAAGGUCCAGUGGCUCCACCUCGAUUGUGACACCUACGCUGGCCACCGGCUGGUCCUUUCGCUGCUGUCGCCCUUCCUCCUGCCCGGCUCUGUGCUAAUCUUCGACGACAUUCUCAACUACGCCGGCUACGAGGGCUAUGCGCUGCAGGCCUUCUACGAGUUCAUUCAGGCCAGAAGCGGGACGGGCUUCCACUUCUCGACUCCAGUUCCAGAGCCCCCGGUAUCAGCAGACACAAUACGGCAUUUUUGA